AUGCGUCGUUUACCUCGGAUCGUUUCUCUUCCUCUCCGGAGAUCAUUCGCCAGUCAAGCUCCCGGCAGUCCCGUCUGGGAAGUAUUCAAUCGGCAAACGAAGCAUCUACAGAAAGACCGCGCCGCUCGCAAUGUCGAGCAAAGCCGACAAACAGACUACAUCAAAGACGAGGUAGCCUUGCGACUGUGUGAGCGCCUACUAGACAUCAAGCGCCACUUCCCACGAGUGCUCGACCUCGGCGCCAACAGCUGCAACAUCGCGCGCGCCCUCACAGAACCCAACCCCGACCCGGACGACCCGAGCGCACCGCCUCUCUCAACGCGGAUCUCGGAGCUCACCUGCGUCGACACCUCAGAGGCGCUCCUGCACCGAGACGCCGACCUACCCUUCAACUCGGAGCUCUCGCUCACGCGCAACGUCAUCCCCGACCUCGAAACCCUCCCCUACGCACCCAACAGCUUCGACGCCGUGCUCUCCUCGCUCUCGAUCCACUGGGUCAACGACCUCCCGUCGCUGUUGGCGCAGGUGAAUUCGAUCCUGAAGCCGGACUGCCCGUUCAUCGCGGCCAUGUUCGGCGGCGACACGCUGUUCGAGCUGCGGACGUCGCUGCAGCUCGCGGACAUGGAGCGGCGCGGCGGCGUCAGUCCCCAUGUCUCCCCGUUAGCGGAUGUGCGGGAUGUUGGAGGUCUGCUGAACAAGGCCGGGUUCAAGAUGUUGACGGUCGAUGUGGAGGAUAUUGUCGUUGAGUAUCCGGAUACGUUUGCCUUGAUGCAGGAUCUGCAGGCUAUGGGUGAGAGUAAUGCGAUCUUGCAUCGCGAGCUGGGACCCCUGUCGAGGGAUGUGAUGUUGGCGAAUGAGGCGAUUUAUCGCCAGUUGCAUCGUGAGGAGGGGGCCCGUGGUAUCCCGGCGACGUUCCGCCUCAUCUAUAUGAUCGGGUGGAAGGAGGGUGAGGGACAGGCACAGCCGUUGGAGAGAGGGAGCGGAGAGAUGAAUCUGAAGGACCUGUUGGGUGGUGGAGGAUUCGAGCAUUCAUAA